CUUUCGAAUUGAAUGAAGCAAGCGCUAUGGGGGCUAAUAAAAAAUUCCAGUUUCCAUGACAAAUAUUCAAACUUAGAAGUGUAUUAUUUAAGAAAGUUUACAUUAUCCGAACGAUCUUCAAGAGAGCCAAACCACUAGAACACUCGAAUUUUGAUAUGGCGGACCAAAUAGAAGCAGGGAAAGGCAAGGCCGCCGGUAUAGUGGGAAUCUUCCUGCUCGUUUUGGGACUCAUUAAUGUCAUCUUGGGAAUUAUGUGGGCCGUUUACGGUGGUUCGGAUGGAAGCGGUCUAUGGUGUGGUUUUCUGCUAAUGGCUCAAGGUAGUCUUGGAUUGGUUGCCUGGCUAAAGCGAAACAAGCUUGCGAUGGUGUUCUAUCUCGUCCUGGCUCUACUCAACAUCAUCAUUACCAUUGUCCAAGCUGCCCUGGCUGCGCUUGCCUGGCUCAUCUGGCAGGUCGUGAAAGCGAUCAUCGAGACGAAAUGUAGCGACUCCAGUGGGCGAUGCGUGUGUUCCGGGGAAACUGUGCCAAUGAAUGUGGACUCGUGUUCUACCAUCACCUCCAUUGACGCCGUCUUCCUCUGCUUGCUCAUACUAAAUGGCAUUGCGUGCAUCUUCGCCUUUGCUGGUUCCAUCAUCGGGUGCAUGGCCGUUUGCUGCGCAUCGAGCCCACCUGCUCAAACCAACGUAGUUGUGGUUCAGCAGCCGGCCAUGGUUGGCGUGGGCCAGCAGCCCGUGGGAGCCGGUUACCCUAGUUACCCUCCACAGCAACAACAACAAGGCUUUGCUAUGCAAGAGGCUACUCCACAAAACUGAUGUCGAGAUGACACAGGUUACCCGCAAAUCUCAAGCACUGAAAUUAUAUUAUAGCAUAGGUUGCCAAAUUGGCUCAAGCACCUUAACAAAACAGGUCUUUCCUAUUAAAGAGGCUCCGCAACAAAAUUGGUGGAGAAAACACCAGUGGCCCAAAAAGCUCAAGCACCACAAUCACGAGACACUUUAACUAGGCCAAUUACAGGUUCAAGCACCGAUUAACGAACAACAAAACGAAAACAACCGCCCAAUUUAAGCAUAAAACUAAAGCACAAACUGGCAAGUCAAAUCGCCACAAACCUAUUCAAGCUCUUUUACAGCUAGUCAAUUCGUCUCUUUUUCAAGUCCUCUACCCAGUCCUUCAUUAAAUAGAUAAGAGCAUGAGCCCAAAACGAGCGCAAAGAAUCAUGGGUUAGGCGAAGUCGCAUCUCGUAACAUCACGCUUUCGUCUUUAAAAAGUAUUUCGAUAGUGCGCCUAGCCUCACACGAACACAAACUAUCAAUACGAGUAGCCACGCUAAGGAGUGUUCAUUAAAUACUAUGGGGAGAGGGAGAUCCUGACUUCGGACACCUUAAAAAAUGUCUGUCGAGCUUAUGCAAAACAUCAGAGCGUCUCCCUUAGUGGGCCCAUUUCAUUUGGUGCCCCUACUUUUCAGAGUCCCUCAACAACCCACCCCUCCCCCCUGAGUAUUUAAUAAACACACACCAAUGGUAUUAAUCAUACUUUUGUCAGAUAAUGCUGUAAAUAAACGCAAUUCAAAAUCA